AUGAAAGAGUAGAUAAGAAUCAAGAAAAUCUAAGGCCUUUAGAGUUUGAAUUUUCCUGUAUUAUAAAUAUUUCUGCAUUAGAAGAUAAUUCUAAAGAACGAACAAAUCAAAUAAUUGAAGUAAUAUCAGAUAUAGACGAAUAUAAAUAG